UUAACUUCUUCAAAGUAUAAUUUGACAUCUAGCUAGAAAGCCCAUAUUGAAGUCGUACAGACGUGAAAGUGAAAUAUAUUUGUUUUGAUUUUUUGGUUCAAAUAACCCAUGCUUAAUGCAUUACCGGGUCCAAAAGUGCCUAACUCUUUUAACUCGUUCCUACUCGAAAUCUCAAUCAUUAAUAAAAAUGUCUCUCAAUGAAGCAAAAAAGAUAGCAGCCUUCAAGGCAGUGGACCAAUGGGUUAAGCCAAAUACUGCCAUUGGUGUUGGAAGCGGCAGCACAGUGGUGUUUGCUGUUGAGAGAUUAUCACAGAGAGUCAAAAACGAAGGUCUCCACGUGGUUUGCAUACCAACAAGUUUCCAAGCACGCCAAUUGAUUGUUGAAAAUGGUUUAGAAUUGGGUGAUUUAGAUCGCAAUCCACAUCUUGAUUGUGCCAUUGAUGGAGCCGAUGAAGUUGAUGCUAAUAUGGUUCUUAUCAAGGGUGGAGGGGGCUGCAUGUUACAAGAAAAGAUUGUAGCAUCUUGUGCCGAGAAUUUGAUAAUAAUCGCCGACUAUACAAAGAAUUCCAAAAAACUAGGAGAGCAAUAUAAAAAAGGAAUUCCAAUUGAAGUUACUCCAAUGGCUUAUGUCCCAAUUAAAAAGCGAAUUGAAAAUACCUUUGGUGGAAGCUUAAAUUUACGAAUGGCAGUUUCUAAAGCUGGCCCAUGCAUCACUGACAAUAGUAACUUUGUCUUGGACUGGCAGUUUGAUGAGAAAAAGGACUAUGAUUGGGAUUCAGUCAAUAAGGAGCUUCUUCAGAUUCCCGGAGUUGUUGAGACUGGUUUAUUUGUUAACAUGGCAAAGAAAGUUUAUUUCGGAAUGAAAGAUGGAAGUGUUAAGGAGCAGAAAUAAUUUUCCAGAAUUUAAUCUCGCAGUUUAGGAGAAGGGUGUAACAGGUUUAUCAGUUAAGCUGCCAAUAAUUAUUUUUUUAUAUUUUGUUUACUUUUGGAGAUAGUUUAUAAAUAAAAGUUUAUGUACACAGUUUUGGUUCCUAA